GUGAAUGCAAAGGGGUAGUGAGCUGCAGGAGGGACGGUGAGCUAAAUGGUUAUUGACUAGAAGGAUCAUAGUGGUCUCCAAAUAUUUCUGCCCUUGCCUUUCAAGCACAUAAUAGAAGUGCACUUCCUGACACCUUUGUGGUUGAACAAGGCCAUGAAUUAGUUCUAUUAGUUCUGGCCAAUGAGUUGUGAGUAGAAGUAACUUGUGUCAGUUCUAGAUUGGAACACCUAGAUUCUAGAUUGGAGCACUGGUUCAAAAACCUCCAAACCUUUCACCUUCUUUUUCCCUCCACUACAGUGACCAGCAAUGCUCCAAAUGGAACUCUUCCAUUAAUGUAGGUCUUGGAGUGAGGAUGCCAUGGAGUGGAGCCGUUGACUGAUCCCUCAUGAACAUGUCACUAAGCCCGGAAGCUGGAUGGAUGUCUAUGAAGGGUCUACCACUGUGAUCCUCGGGGUGACCUCCUCAGUGCCCUCCCUGCCACUCCCCAACGUCCUCCUGAUGGCCAACGUCACCUGGCCCCAGGGUCAGUUUUCCUCCUGGACCACACCUGACUGUGCUCCCGUGGUCACCCUCAGCAGGAUUCUCCCCCUGAAGUUUGUGGAGCUACAAAUCUAUGACCGGCUCCAACGCAUCCUGCGGGUUAGGACAGUGACUGAAAAGAUCUACUACCUGAGGCUCCACGAAAAACACCCAGAAGCUGUGUUUCAGUUCUGGAUCCGCUUGGUGAAAAUUCUGCAGAAAGGUCUGUCCAUCACCACCAAAGACCCGAGAAUCCAGUUCACUCACUGCCUGGUGCCCAAAAUGUCCAACAGCUCCACUAGAACAACACCUGAAAGCAGCCUCUCGUCAUCCACUCAGCCCAGCGAAAACUUCAUGCUGUUGGCGGCUGAGCAGACCAGUGACAGUUUCUCAAAUAUCUCAGGAAGACCCCAGCUCACAGCAGACAGUAACACCAACGUUGCCAUCAAAACAGACAAAUUGGACAGCUACAAGAUACCCUCCCCAGUGGCAUCUCCAAUCAACUUGAAUAUACCCAUGAGAGCCGCCUUGAGCCACAGCCUCUGGGAACAAGAGAAUCCAGAUGGGCACUUCCUGCAAGCUCCUGUUGCCAGUUCCCUAGGAGAGAACCUUUUGGGACCCUGACACCUAGCCCAAAGAGGGUGAUCUUCCCUAGCUUCAUUCCGUGAACUUGCGACAACCUCCUAUAAUGCUGUUUUCCCACUGUGGGCCAAAGACCAUGGGAGAGGUAUGAUGAUGUUUAUAACAAAGUGCUGCUGUACUUCCACCAAUAAACCUCCAAGUGAGUUCCUAAUUGUUAUAAGUUGUGCUCUGUGGGG